UUCUUUUAUACUACCUUUAAUUUAAAAUUGUCCAUUAUUGUAUUUCUCUAGUUAAUUUGAUGGAGAAACUUCGUGGUGAGAUAUUGGAGCUCUUGCAAAGUGAACCAAAUGGCAUUCCUGAAAGGAAACUAUGUGAAAUGUACAACAAGAAAUAUCGAUGCAACCUCAGAGCAAAAUCUUAUGGGUUUGGCUCCAUUAACGAGCUAAUCAAAUCCAUGACUGAUUUGGUGGAUAUAGUCCCCUCAUCUGGAAAAAACAUGGUGUUCAAACUAAAGCCCACUCAACGUGCUGGAGUAGCAAAAACAGAUGAGAAUGUAGCUAAAGGAUCAAAGCCAGCUUCAGCUCCCUUACCAAAUAUGGAAAUCACAAACAGCAACAUUGCGAGUCAACUCAUGUUUCCAUUUGCUCCACUGCCACAAGCUCCUGGUGCAAUGUAUGGACAAAAUGUAACACCUAUGAGUAGCAUGUUCUAUUCUCCGCCAUUGGUCCGUUUUCCAAUACCACAAGUAGCAACAUUUGGUUUCACAGAACGUCAGACAGCCUCACCAGCGUUAUCGACAUCAUCUUCAGAGGAUGAUCUUGAGAAAAACAGAGGCUGUGCAAAACCAAAAAGUUACCAGAAGGAAGAAACCUCAAAGAAAGUAAAUCAGCCUGCAACUGAUUUCAGUCUGGGGCCUGAACGAAAUACAACAGGGCAACCAGCUGAACUUUGCACCCUUAAUCAAAAGAUCAAUGCUUCAAUAAAUCCAGGAUCGCGUUCUGCUUCCCCUGCACUGACAACAGUGUCUUCAGAAGACUUCCCUGCAUUAGACACAAAAAUAUCAAAAGAAAUGCUGAAAAAGCUGAAAGAAGAGGAAUUGCAGAAGAUGCGAUCAAAGGACCGAUUCACCCAAAACUACCAUCGAUGUGUAAGAGAGGAACAUGCUUCUGUGAUGCAGGCAGUUGAAAUGUUAGCCUCAGAUCCUCUAUUGUCCUCCCAAAAUAGGAGAAUCAAUGUGGAAGAAGUGAAUCAACAAACUGAAGAGUUUAUUCGUGCGUUAGCUGCUGAAGGAGAGCAGGUCACCGAAACAAAGGUGUUGCAUAGAGUUUGCAGACACUUUCGGGUUCAAAACCUGAAAGACAUUGGCAUCUGGUCACCUGUCAAACAACUCUCUGCCAUUCAAGAACUUCGUCGAACACAGCGAGAAGUCACCAUUUUCAUUGAAGCUUUUGAAACUAUCCGGACUGUCUGUACUCUUUAUGAGCUGAACCAGUGCUUGGGAGCACUGAAAAACAAACAGAGCUUUGAAGACCUGAAACUUGGCCCUUUAUGCAAACAGCCUCUUGUGCACAGGUUAUUCAAAGUGCCUGAGUCACUGAAGGAUGAGGAUAUAUUUGAAAUUGAAACGGUGGAUAUUUUACAGAGUAUCCGUGCGUAUAGAAAAUCCAGCAAAGCGCAAAGAAUAGAUUUGGCUGACUUCAUAAAAUAUUUAGCAGACCAAUAUCGUUGUGACUCACCGUAUGCACUUGGCAUCAGAAUUACUAGCAUCGGACUCCUAAUAUCAACAUUGGGGAAGGCUUCAAGCACAGAACGAGCUGCUAUAGACAAGGCGAAGAAUCGAGUUCAGAACGAAAUAGAAGAGGAAGUGAAUAAUCGUUUCAACAAAGUUAAGAAAAGUGUGAUGGACCCCUUUGGUGGACCACAUCUGUAUUCUACCAGUGGAUCUCUGGAUCUCCGGAAGCAAUAUGCCUCUAUGACAGCAGCAGAUGCAAUCCUUCAAGUGUUCUUCAAUAUAAAGGAUGUCUUCAGUGGUAAAAUGACUAAGUAUGUUCAGGAAUUCCUGAUCAAGAUAGGAGAAGAUCGUUUGGCCCGAUCACUCUUUCAGUUGGCCAUUUGCUGUGGUUCCCUGGAAGUUCCCCAGGACUUGGUGGCAAAAGAGAAACCAGACAAGGCAGUUGUAAAUAGAGCAAAGGACAAUGAAACUCCGCUUCCCAGUGAAGGAUCUGUAAGAGAGUAUUUGGAAAAGACCCUCUCCACUGUGACUGGAUACUUGAGUCUUGUCUAUUUAUGCAAACUGGAGAAAAAAUUAGUUGAUCACUUCAAAUUGAAAGGCUUUGUUCACAUGGGACAUGGUACUUUCCUCGAAUAUCUGCUGAAACAUUCUCAGCUGCUAGAAGAAACUGCUGGGGGAAGUCUGUUUCUACAUCCACAAGAUGCUGGAACUUGUGGACUCCGACCAAGUUACCAAGAUGUGUAUGAGUUCAUCAGGCAGUGUGGAAGCCUGGAGGAGUCUAUGUUUCCAACAAUCAAGGCUGCACUGUGUAAUCAGUUUUGGGUGAGAGAUAUCAAGGAACUUGGAUAUGGGACAUUGUCUAAUAUAGUGAAGAUGGUACAACGCCAAACCAAGUCACACAGCGGGCAUAACAAUCCUCAAAGCUUGGUGCUGUAUGAAACCGCACUAUUUAUUGAAGAAUCUAGUCACUGCAGCAUUGAUUCAAGCAGUUCUGUUGGGCUCCUUGGGGAUCUGAGUAAAGAACAGGCUUUGUCAUGUCUGUUGAAUGCUCCUUUGUUGGAAGAUCUCGCAGAAUGGUCACAAUGGGAAACAGUAUUUGAAGCACAGCAUGGUUCACUCAAGGACUUCAUCGAAAGGCAUUGUGGCAAGAAAGCAGCUCAUCUUGGUUGCGAAAGUUCGGUUGUGUUCAAUGACCUAGUCGUGAUAGAAGUAAAGCCAGGUGUAUUGUUGAGACUCACCACUGAAACAAGCCCUGAUCUCUUUGCUCAAGCAGCCACCUUACAUGACCCUGUGGGGACAGCAGGGCAUUUAGUUUCCAUUGUAGCUGCAGAUGGAUUAAGAAAUGCUCCCUUGGCAUUGCUAGCUAAUCAUGUGGAAACUACUUUGGCUGCAAUCGGAGGUUCAGAAGCAAACAUCUUGACAACCAAAGGUGUAGCUUCAAAUCUAUCCGCAAAAUUCAUUCUUGAUUGUCUAAUCAGGAUUCCAGUGAGACUCUGCAAAUCACUCCUACAGAAGGUAUUCCUGGAGCCAUUUUCUCGAGUGAUUGGACAAUCUGAAUCAAAAGAACUUUUGCUUCAAGCAGCGAGAUCCUCCUCCAUGCACCUGAACCGAUUACAUGAACUGGGAAUUCUUCUGGGGAUCACAGAAUGGAUCAGAGACUACCAAACCAAACUGGAUCCAGCAAAACUUGUAAAGCUUGCAUCAAAAGCCACAAAGACAGUGGACUCUGUAUCAGUGAGCAGCAGGUCUUCGCUUGCAGACCUGAGUGAAACUGAAGAUUCUGAUGUGGCCAAGUCUGAAUCCAACUCAGAAUAUAAAAGUGCAUCAAUCAGUUCGGAUGACGAAGUGGAUGAGGACAGUGAAAAGUUUAUGCUUGCAGAUGAAGUGAGUGCCCAACCACCAAGUGAGGAGAAGCCACCUGAGCACAGCAGUGACAUUGUGGUUGUAAAUGAUGCUCCACCGGGUUCGAGUGAUUUAACAAAUAGCGAGGAAUGUUCAGCUGGCAUUGCUGACGAGGAAAGAAACGAACACAGGACCAUCAUUGAGAGCAUCAGGAAAAGUGAAUUUGGCAUUGGGAUUGAACUAAACAAUGAGGGGAAAAAGCUGAUGGAAGUUCACCAGAAUCGAUUGGGUAGAAGCCUUGAACGCUUGUCUACAGAACUGUACAGUAAAGAUACACAUUUUGUCUUGGAACUGAUACAGAACGCAGAUGAUAACAGCUACCCACCUUACAGUGAUAGUCCUCCUAGCCUGCUGUUUGUGGUGGAAAAAGACUGCAUCAUUCUCCUGAAUAACGAAUGUGGUUUUCAGGAGAAGCAUAUCCGAGCAAUCUGUGAUGUGGGCUGCAGUACCAAGGGGAAACAUGAGUAUGGCUACAUAGGUCAGAAAGGUAUCGGAUUUAAAUCUGUUUUCAAAGUCACAGACACUCCAGAGAUUCACUCUAAUGGAUUUCACAUCUGCUUUGACAAGCAUAGUGGUCCAAUGGGAUACAUCCUUCCUCAUUGGAUUGAUGAUACAAGGCCUGUAAAUUUAAUAGGAUCAGAAGCUGAGAAAACAAGAUGGAGAACAAAGAUAGUCCUGCCACUAAAGACGCAGAACCAGCAAGCGCAGAGUCUGUUCCAUGACAUUGACCCAUCGUUGCUGCUCUUCCUGCACAGACUUCGUUCCAUUACAAUCAUUAACAAGGUAAAAGGCCAGAAUUUCUUAGUGACCCGUCAAGAUCUCAACAAUAACAUACUGGAGGUGAAACAUAAAACCGGAACUGACCGAUGGCUGGUGAUAAAGAAGACUCUAGAUGCGAGAAAGAUUAAAGACAACGUGGAACUCACUGAGUUGGCUCUUGCCUUCAAACUUAACAUGGAGAAGCGGAAACUGGCUGUGAGAUGCCUGCCAGAGAAACAGCCUGUGUUUGCCUUUUUACCACUGAGGAGCUUCGGUUUCCGCUUCAUAAUACAAGGUGACUUUGAUAUUCCUUCCUCCCGUGAAGAUAUUGACCGUGACAGUCCAUGGAAUCAGUGGCUGCGUUCUGAAAUCCCACAGCUGUUUCUGAAAGCGAUGGAAACAUUCAAUUCAACAGGAAAUCCAUUGUUGUUCCCUGAUUAA